AUGAAUUUCAAUUGGAAGAUAAGUAUGAUAUAACACUUAAUAUAGUUAAGAGAUCUAUGCAAUAACCUAUGAUGACAACGAAUUUAAAAUGGAUGAUGGAUGAAUGUGAUAUAACUUCUUAAUUGGCGUUUGAAAAAUCUUUUUUUCGUCUUUUCAUGUCGAACUUCUUUUCUUUUUUCUUUUUUUUUUCUUUCUUUUUUUUUUUUUUCAUUUGCUAACAAUCAUUAUAACGGGCUAUAUAACUUGGAAACAAUUGUUUUACAUAUUUUUACAUUUUGAAAACACCGUUGCUAUACUUUCUGAUUAUUUCAAAGCAUUCGAUAUAUACUUAUACGUAUAUAUAAUGUGCCAUUCAAAGUAAGUAAUGAUCUUAUGGAGAAUAGUGGGGGACGACACAGUAUCAUAAGAGUAAUACUUUCCGGUUAUCAGAGACAGUUACAAUCUUUCCGUCUGUUUAGUUGGAUGAACGGAAUCUAAAAAGUAGAUUAACUAUUUAAAAAGUUUCAAACAGUGAUAGAUACAACGAAAAUAUCUUGUUAUUUCUAUACGAACAAUUUUUGUAAUUUAAAAAAAAGGAAAAAGUUUCGUUAUUGAAAAGUUUAUAUUCGUUUCUCGUUUUCUAUCAAAUUCGAGAUAACUAUGCCACCGACAGCUGAUAUAUGCGGGGAUACCAAAUCUACUGUCGACUUGAUGAUCAAUGGUACACCAUAUACAAUAUCAGAGGAUGUCCCGGCAAAUACAUCUCUAAACGUUUUCAUUCGUGAUCAUGCGAAAUUACGAGGUACAAAAGCGAUGUGCCUUGAGGGUGGUUGUGGUGCUUGUAUCGUUGCUGCAACAGUAAAAGGGCAAACCAUGGCAGUGAAUUCUUGUCUUGUACCUAUUUUUAUCUGUAACGGAUGGUCAAUUGAAACCAUCGAAGGUAUAGGAAAUAGAAUGAAGGGAUAUCAUUCUAUGCAAGCAGCCUUAGCAGACAUGAAUGGAUCACAAUGUGGAUAUUGUUCAUCUGGCAUGGUCAUGAAUCUCUAUAGUCUUUUAAAGGAUAAGAAACAAACAAUGAAGGAAAUCGAGAAUUCAUUUGGCAGUAACAUUUGUCGAUGCACAGGUUACAGACCAAUUUUGGAUGCAUUCAAAUCUUUUGCUUCUGAUGCACCACCCAAAUUAGUAAAGGCCAUUCAAGAUAUCGAAGAAGCUUAUAAAAUAAAGAAGUGUCCAAAAAAUGGCUUGCCUUGCUUAAAUGGCUCAACUUGUGGUCUAGAAUCGUCAACGCCCGUAUCAAUGAAAUUGGAGGAUGCAAAUUUUUACAAAGUACUUUCGGUGGACCAUCUCUUCUCGACAUUUCAAAAAUAUCCAAAUUCUACUUAUAUACUGAACGGUGGAAAUACUGCUCAUGGUGUUUAUCGAAUUGAAAAACCAGAUAUUUACAUUGACAUAAACGAUAUUCCCGAUUUGCGUCGUAUAGAAAAAACUGAAUAUUUUUUGACACUUGGGAGCAAUGUGUCCCUUACACUGGCAAUGAAUACUUUUGAAAAAUAUUCGAAGGAUAAGGGCUUCGAAUAUUUACGUCAUUUGGCUCAUCAUAUCGAUCUAAUCGCAAGUGUGCCAGUUCGUAACAUCGGUACCAUCGCUGGUAAUCUCAUGAUCAAACACAAACACCAUGAAUUUCCAUCGGACUUGUUCCUCAUGCUUCAAACUGCUGGUGCACGUAUACACAUACUCGAAAGUCCUGGAAAUAAGAUUGAGAUGACCUUGUUAGAAUUUCUUGAAAGUGAUAUGAAACACAAAAUAAUAUAUAGUGUUAUCCUUCCAAAUCUCGACAGUUCCUACGAAUUUAGAUCUUACAAGAUCAUGCCAAGAGCUCAAAAUGCACAUGCACACAUUAACGCUGGUUUCUUAUUUAAAUUGGAUGGAACAGGAAAAGUUAUGGAGAAACCUAAUAUCAUAAUUGGUGGAAUUAAAGGAAAUUUUAUGCAUGCAAAAAAUACUCAAGAUUUUCUUGUUAACAAAUCCGUAUUCGAUAAGAACGUCGUCAAGUCGGCUAUUGAUAUAUUGGAUAAAGAAUUAAAUCCAGAUCACGUUUUGCCCGAUUAUUCGCCAGAAUUUAGGAAAACUUUGGCCGAAGGAUUACUUUACAAGUUUAUAUUGAAUAUAAGACCGGAGAAGAUCGAUCCAAAGCUUCGAAGUGGUGGGACAAUUUUAGAACGUGAAUUAUCAUCGGCUAAACAUGAUUUCGAUACUGAUAAAAAUAUAUGGCCAUUGAACAAGCCUAUUGCAAAAAGGGAAGCCAUUUAUCAAACCUCAGGAGAGGGACAAUACGUAAAUGAUAUAAUGCCUUUGAAGGAUGAAGUAUUUUGUGCUUUCGUUGUCACUGAAGUGGCCAAUGGUAAAAUUGAAAAUAUUGAUGCUUCGGAAGCUUUGAAAAUGAAAGGAGUGGUGGCUUUCUUUACAGCAGAAGAUAUUCCUGGAAAGAAUAUAUUCAUUUCAGGUUCUAGCAAUCUGAUGAUGCUCAAUGAAGAUGAAACGCUAUUUGCGGAUAGUACAAUAUUAUACGCUGGACAACCAGUUGGCAUAAUAGUUGCAACGACUAAUACUAUUGCAAAUGAAGCUGUGAAGAAAGUAAAAAUAACAUAUAUCGAUGCAUUGAAAACAAAACCAAUAUUGACCAUCGACGACGCUUUAAUUGAUAAUAAUAAAAACAGGUUCUUACAAACUGCACAUAAUACUGCGACAGAUAAAGGUAAAAAUACGAAACAUGUUAUCAAAGGCACGUUCUCUUGCGGUUUUCAAUAUCAUUAUACCAUGGAAACUCAAUCUUGCGUUUGCAUUCCAACUGAGGAUGGGAUAGAUGUUUACCCAGCAAGUCAAUGGAUGGAUCUUAUUCAAAUUUCAAUUGCUGAAUGUCUUGGAAUUAAAAAUAAUAGCAUAAACGUCAAUGUUAGACGUUUGGGUGGUGCAUACGGAGCAAAAAUUUCACGAUCGGCUCAAGUAGCCUGUGCGUGUGCUCUUGCAUGUCAUAAACUUAAUCGACCAGCGAGAUUCAUUAUGUCGAUUGAAAGUAAUAUGAUAAGUGUCGGCAAGAGAUAUUCCACCAAACAGGAAUAUGAGGUUGGUGUGAAUAAUAAUGGACGUAUACAGUAUUUGAAUUCGAAACAUUGGGGUAAUGCCGGCUAUUCUUUUAAUGAGAUGCAUGCACCUAUUGUAUUGCAUCAUAUGGGAAGCUGUUACGAUGAUAAACGAUGGUCCUGUGAUGGUUUUGAAGUUAAAACGGAUCUCCCAUCCAAUACUUAUUGUAGAGCACCGGGAUCUACGGAAGGUAUCAGCAUGAUAGAAAACAUAAUGGAACAUAUAGCUACAGAAUUAAAUAAAGAUCCUGUAGAAGUUAGAUUGAUAAAUAUGAACGCAGAGGAUAAAGGUGUGUUGGAACCAUUAAUACAAGAUUUGAAAAAAUCUGCUGAUUAUGAUUCGAGAAAGAGAGCGAUCGAGAUGUUUAAUAAUGAAAAUCGUUGGAAAAAAAAAGGAAUAUCUUUGAUACCAAUGAAAUAUCCUCUCAUGUAUUGGGGACAAUUCAAUGCUAUGGUUACCAUUUAUUCACGCGAUGGAACUGUUUCUAUUUCCCAUGGUGGAACUGAAUGUGGACAGGGUAUUCACACGAAGAUCUCUCAAGUAGCAGCAUAUAUACUUGGUAUAGAUCUAGAUCUUGUUAAAGUGAGACCCAGUGAUAAUUUUACUGCACCUAAUAAUUCCGUCACAGGUGGUAGUAUUACUAGCGAGUCUUGUGCUUACGCAACCAUGAUGGCCUGCAAAGAACUCUUGUUAAGAUUAGAACCUAUCAAGAAAGAAUUAAACAAUCCAACUUGGCAGGAAUUAGUUAUGGCAGCAUAUAUGAAGGACGUUGAUCUUUGUGCUCGUUACAUGUUUACAGCAAAAGAUGUGACACCUUAUAAAAUUUAUGGUACAACCAUUGCAGAGGUUGAGAUUGAUAUACUUACAGGACAACAUCUUGUACAAAGAGUUGAUAUUAUAGAAGAUACUGGUAUCAGUCUUAAUCCUGAAAUUGACUUGGGUCAAGUCGAAGGUGGUUUUAUCAUGGGAAUGGGAUAUUGGACUUCUGAAGAAUUGAUUUACGAUCCUAAAACUGGCGCAUUAACGAAUUAUAGAACUUGGAAUUACAAACCUCCUGGAGCUAAAGAUAUUCCAGUUGACUUUAGAGUUUCAUUUAGAAGAAAUACACCGAAUCGAUUAGGUGUAUUACGUUCUAAAGCAACUGGCGAACCUCCAUUAUGUAUGGCUUUUGUAAUUCCUCUUGCUAUUCGGCAAGCUUUAAAUGCUGCAAGAUUAGAAUCUGGAAAAUCUGGCUGGUACCAACUAGAUGGUCCUAUUACUACAGAAAAAAUUCUCCUCACGAGUCUAACUAAUAAGCAAGAAAUGACGCUGUAAAUUCAAUAUAACGGCAAUAAAAAAUAGAAAUAAAACAAUAAUAUUUUUAAAUAUAGAGAGUAUAUAUAGAUAAUAGAGAAAUAUAUAUAGAUAAUAAUUUUUACAUUUGUAUACAAUAAGCUGUAAUAUUAAAGUGAAACAAUAAAGUUUUUAACAGUAUAUAUUCAAUAGCAUUUUGUACAAAACAAUAAUGAAUAAAUAUAUUACUUUGGCCUAUUGCUGAUUUUAAUUAAAAUUUUAUGUAAAAGUAUAUUAAUCAUUUAAUAAAUAAAGAUUUCUUACUGGUGUGUAAGGCAAUAAAUACUUUAUUUCUGUACAAUUUAGAAAGAGGGUAACUACGGCAUACCUAACUUUUUGCAAUAAAUUAUUUCAUUUAUGGACUGUUCCAUUCUAAAUAUUUAAGUUUCUUUGUUUUUACCGAUACUCCAUGCAUCUUUGAUAGAUUUUCCAAUACCAGGUCCAUUAUAAAUUAGUACAAGAAGUCCAGCGAGUGUUACAAUCGAACAAAGAUUCAAUAAUACAUGAAAUACCUUUGGAAGUAAUGUUCCAAUAAUAAUAGGUCUUGCAUAAUCGACAAUCAAAGCUUCCAAACCCCUAAUUACAUAGAUAUAAUAAUUAACUUUUCUAGAAAAUAGAUUUGCAUUUGAGACCAAUAGAAAUAACCUACCAAUGCAUAUGCAUUACUACAAGAAUAGCUAGUAUUCCAUCGACAACUUGAUUUUCCAAUAACAAAGAAGCUGGUAGUAAAAUUGGAAGCGCAGCAGAAAUUAUUUUUUCCAUAACCCAUAAACGUACAUGACUGCCGUCUGUACUAGCAAAGCGAGAUUGAUUUCCAUUUAAGGUUAGAGAUACAGGUAACUGUUCGCAAACAAUGAAAAACAAAUUUUAAGUUAUAGUUUUAAUAUUAUUUUAAAAGAAUAAGCCUUAAAAAUGCGUAACCUUCGUCAAUAAUUGAUGAUUUUCAUGAUUAACUAGUUUAGAAUUCUUAAGAUUCAAAUUUGCAAGGGAGGAAGAAAAUCUGGUUGUUUGUGAUAAUUGUCCAUAUUGUGAUAACAUACAGCUAGGCUUUAUAAUAGAUUCUGAAAUAAAAACAUCAUGUUUACUUCCAUAAAAAAAAAAAAAAAAAAAAAAAAAAAAAAAGGAAAGAAAAAAAAGAAAAAAAAAUUU